UGCAGAGACACCCGGCGUCUGCGGACGCUCUCUUACACCGAGCUCAUUCUCUCUCGGGUCCACCUGGGGAGAAGCCACUCGCGGGGCGGGGGCGGCCUGAGAGACGCGCGAUGGGGAGCCCUUGGCCGUGUCUGUGCGCUCUGGGAGCUGUCCUUCUCUGCAGCGCCGGGGGCGAGUUGUUCUGGGAGGGCAGCAAUGACAGGCCCAUCAUUGGAAUAUUGGCACAAACUAAUCACAUGAAAAAAUUCCAAAACUAUGGAAAGUACUACAUUGCUGCUUCAUAUGUAAAAUAUCUGGAGGCUGCAGGUGCAAGGGUUGUGCCAAUCAGGGUAACACUUUCAGAGAGUGAAUAUGACAACCUCUUCCAGUCUAUCAAUGGGAUACUUUUUCCUGGUGGAGGUGUCAGUCUGAAGAGUUCAAAAUAUAGCUCUGUAGCACAACUGUUUUAUGAAAAGGCCCUGAAGGCUAAUAAAGAAGGAGAUUAUUUUCCCAUUUGGGGAACAUGCCUUGGAUUUGAAGAGCUUACUGUCUUGACCAGUGGGAAGCUGUUACUGACCCAGACCAACACUGAUGGUGUUGCUUUGCCAUUAAACUUUACCGAAGAUGUAACUAAAAGUAGGAUGUUCCAGAAUUUACCUAAGGACUUGUUAGAUGCCUUUGCUACAGAACCCCUAACUUCAAAUUUUCAUAGGUGGAGCCUUUCCUUGAAGAAUUUUACUAUGAAUAAGAAGCUAAGAGAGUUUUAUAAGGUCUUAUCUACAAAUACAUAUGAAGACAUCGAAUUUAUCUCCACAGUGGAAGCAUAUGACUACCCCAUUUAUGGUGUCCAGUGGCAUCCAGAGAAGAGUGCUUUUGAAUGGAAGAAUUUAACGGGUA